UUAAUUACAUUGAAAAUGUUUAUUAAGAUGGAAAGAAGCAAAACACCAAUGCUAUGGUUUUCUCUCUUUUUUCUUGUUAUUCUUUGCUCAUUCUCAAUACCCAUUUUAGCUCAAGAAGUUGAUGACGAAAGAGAUUUCGAUUACGUGAAAGGGAGCAAAAGGGGGCCGGAACACUGGGGGGAACUAAGGCCAGCAUGGGCGAAAUGUAAGACAGGAGAAAUGCAAUCACCCAUUGAUCUAUUGCACAGGAGAGUGAAAUUAACACCCAAAUCAGAAGAAAUAACAAGGUUCUAUAAACCCGGUAAAGCAAUACUCAAAAACAGAGGUCAUGAUAUUGAGGUCGAGUGGAAAGAUGAAAGCAGCAAAAUUCAAAUCAAUGGAACAGAUUAUAUUUUACAGCAAUCCCACUGGCUUUCACCAUCAGAGCAUACUAUCAAUGGAAAGAGGUAUGAUAUGGAGGUGCACAUUGUUCAUCAAAGCAAAGACGGCAAGAUUGCUGUAAUAGGACGUCUUUACAAGAUUGGCAAGCCUAAUAAAUUCCUCAAAAAGCUAGAAAAGCAAAUUAAGUUAAUAUCUGAUACAACAUUGGAGAUAGAUGUUGGCAUUGUAAACCCGGCGAAGAUCAAGAUGAGAGGGAAGAGGUUUUACAGGUACACAGGCUCACUCACCACCCCUCCUUGUACGGAAGGUGUCAUUUGGUCUGUCAACACUCAGAUUGGAACUGUUUCGAAAAAUCAAGUAGAUAUGCUGCGGGAGGCUGUUCAUGAUCAUGCAGAGAAAAACGCGAGACCCUUGCAGCGCAUUCAUGGAAGGAAGGUGAACCUAUAUGCCCACAUGAUCAAGAAUCGUCAUGAUUAAAGCACAACUAUACCCACAUGAUCAAGAAUCGUCAAGAUCAAAGCACAAUUAUACCCACAUGAUCAAGAAUCGUCAAGAUUAUAGCACAAUGAUUACAGAUAUCUCAUAUCUUUAUCACAUAAUUUACUAGACGUUUUUAAAUUUACAAUAAGAGUACAUAUCUUUUUUUUUUUUUUUUUUGAUAAAAAGAGUACAUAUCUUUAGUAACCUUUCAUUCACACAUUUUCAAACAGUCUGAGUACUGAUUCAAAUUAAUGUCACAUUAUUUGUGACAAAAAAUUAGAUUUAAAAUGUUCAUUGAUUGAUUA